AUGUAUGCCAAUGUCGAGGUAACAACCUCGACAUUGGCAUACAUAAUGAAGUCGAAAGGUCAAUCAUUAUUGAAGGCGAAGACUUCUCAGCUCGUAAACUCAAUUCAAGCUCUCAAGUAAUUGACUUAUCAACGCAACCAAAUCAAAGUUUAAUCUGCAGUGAACUUGUAGAGAAAAUAAAGGAUUUGGAACUGGACUUUAACAUCAAAAUCAGUGCGUUAACGCAAGAAGUAUCUAGUAUACAAAACAAACGGAAGGCGUAUGCUAACGAGUCGCUCCUCCACGAAAAUCGAGAAUUAAAGGAUGAAAACAAAUCCCUGCUGCAAAAGGUCGCUAACUUGUCCUUCAUAGUAUCCGAUUUAAACACCAAACUUAAAGAAUCUGAAAAUGAAAAACAGUCUUUAGUCACAGUCCUUAAGUUGGUGAAUCUAGACCAAAGUACCCACGAUCAAAAUUCUCAUGGGACCUGGAAAACGCAGUGCAGAAGCAUGAAUAAAGAUCAGCAUUUGUCUACUCGUAGUCAAGAUAGUGAAGUUGUUACGAGAAACGCGUUUGAUGUCCUGAGUGAUACGGGCGGCAAUGAAACCAACAUUUAUGAUUAUGACGACGAUAGAAGCAAAGUCGAUGACCUCAGCUCUAUAGCUACUUCGCAACGAGAAUCCCAACGAUCGAUCGCAGACAAUGAGUCCUCAAAUAGCAGACCUGCCAACAAGUCAACUAAGCAUCAACAAAAGCGGCAUGCUAAUGGAUCAA